AUGGGGAAAACCACAGGAAGCCUUUGCAGCCGCCUGAGUGAAGGAGCCAGUGGUAGUGGAGAUGGAGAGAUAGGAAAAUGUGUUUUGGUGCUAGAGAUGGUAGUGCCUAUUGAUGGGGUUAGAUCCUGGGUACACGGCGACCCCAGGAGAGUGGCCUAUCCUACAGACAGCAAGGGCCACUUUUGUGGCCAGAAGGGCACCCCCAAUGAGAACAAGACCAUUUUGUUUUACUUUAACCUGUUAAGAUGUGCCAAGCCUUCCAUUCUGUUUGGCCUACAGUGCCCUACCACACAGAUCUGUGUCUCCAAGUGCCCAGAAAAAUUUUUAACCUACGUGGAAAUACAAAUUUCGUACAAAGGAAAUAAUAGUAAUUGGUUAUACUACAGUCAAUUCUGCCAGCCUACUGCUGAACCUGAAAAGCCCAUCUCAGAAAUCUUAUUGGAUGAUGACUGCCCCGCAGCAAUUUUUCCAAGCAAACCUUUUCUCCAGAGGUGUUUGCCUGACUUCUCAACCAAAAAUGGCUCUUUAACGGUAGGAAAUAAGAUGCUGUAUGAAGAUGGAAGUGGAAAAACAAGAAAUGUACUAGAACUCAGGGAGGCUUCAAAUGCUGUCAGUAAACUCCUUGAUGCAAGGGCAAUUGGAUCAAAAGUGUUUGAGGACUACGCAGUGACGUGGUAUUGGAUCCUCCUAGGCCUAUGUACUGCCAUGAUCCUUAGUUGGACAUUUCUGAUACUCCUCAAAUUCAUAGCUGGAUUCCUCUUCUGGAUAUUUGCAUUUGGUGUACUUGGAAUUGUAGGAUAUGGAAUAUGGUACUGUUACCAGGAAUACAACAAUCUUCAGCACCACCCAAAUUCUACACUGACUAUAUAUGACAUCGGGAUUGAGACAAACAUAAGCAUGUACUUUAAAUUGAAACAGACAUGGUUCUCAUUUUUGAUAAUACUCAUCAUCAUUGAAGUGAUUGUCAUCAUCUUGCUGAUCGCCUUCAGGAGACGAAUCCGUGUCGCCAUUGUUCUGCUGAAGGAAGGGAGCAAAGCCAUUGGAUGCAUUCCUAGUACAUUACUAUAUCCAGUUUUAACUUUCUUUCUGCUCUUAAUCUGCAUUUCCUACUGGGUUGUGACUGCAGUUUUUUUGGCUACAUCAGGAAUACCUAUGUACACAGUUACAGCCACAGAUGAGCCAUGUAUCUAUUCAAAUAAAAUCUGUGAACCAGAGAGUUUUAAUACAACUGAAAUUCCCAGAGUUUGCCCGGGAGCUCAUUGUAACUUUGCUUUCUAUGGUGGUGGAAAGACUCUGUACCAUCAGUACAUCAAUACCUUCCAUAUAUACAAUCUAUUUGUCUUUAUCUGGCUUGUAAACUUUGUCAUUGCAUUGGGUCAGUGUUCCCUUGCUGGUGCCUUUGCUGCUUAUUACUGGGCCAUGAAAAAACCCGAUGAUAUUCCACCAUUUCCACUUUUUACUGCAUUUGGAUACGCUUUACGAUAUCACACAGGAUCACUAGCAUUUGGAGCUUUAAUUCUUUCAUUAAUUCAAAUAUUUAAAAUGGUCCUAGAAUACAUGGACAGCCAACUUAAAAAAGCCCAAAACAGCAUUUCCAAAUUUCUACAAUGCUGCCUGACAUGCUGUUUCUGGUGUUUGGAAAAAAUGGUAAAGUUUUUAAACAGAAAUGCCUAUAUUAUGAUUGCAAUAUAUGGGAAAAACUUCUGCAUAUCAACAAGAGAUGCUUUCAAUCUGCUGAUGAGAAACAUUAUAAAAGUUGCAGUUACAGAUGAAGUUACACACUUUAUAUUGUUCCUGGGGAAAAUUCUAAUUUCUGGGUUUAUAGGUAUCCUGGCCUUCUUGAUCUUCACACAAAAAAUACCAACGAUUAUACAAGGACCAACAUCUUUAAAUUACUACUGGGUACCAUUGCUGACUGUCAUUUUUGGAUCUUAUCUAAUUGCUAAGGGGUGCUUCAGCGUCUAUUCAAUGUGUGUUGAAACAAUUUUCCUCUGCUUCUUGGAAGACUUAGAACGAAACGAAGGUUCUAGAAUAAGACCCUAUUUCGUGAGUCAAUCUCUGAUGAAGAUUUUGAUGGAGAGAGAUAAAUAA